CAGCAAGAGCUUGCCUGGUAGAAGAACAUGAAAAAACAGAAGAAUAUGCAAACAGUUAAGGGAAAGUGCCAAGAAGACAGACUUUCUGCUGCUGCCCACAAGCAGAGGGACCUGGAGACCAUGCAGCUGAAGCAGAAAAGGGAAAACGAGAAGGAAGAACCUAAGUAG